AUGGUCUGUUUCCAUACUCACAUAAACACUGAGGAGUUGGUUCAGGGACUACGUCUGCAGUGGGCCAAGAACAAGAAACAUGUCAACAAUGGCUAUCGCCUGGAGAAACAAAUGCGCUACAGUCGUACCAAGAAAAUGCCUUUGGAAUUCACCGCUGCAGAUCGUAUCUACUUCGAUGAGUCCAUCAAUUUGGCUGCCUGCAUGAAGGAGAAUUUCCAAGAUGAACUUGAAUCGUUGGACUUCAGAACCAAAGCCGAAGAGGAGCACAUGGAAAUCAACAACUGGAUUGCAAAUGUAAUACGCAACGAAAUCCCCGAAAUGUUAAAUCUCUGUGAUGUUACCUCCGACAGUCAAAUGGUUUUGGCUAAUGCUGCCUAUUUCAAGGUUCAAUGGUCGGAUAAAUUCGAUUCCAAAGAUACAAAACAGGAGAUUUUCUAUACCAUGCCUUGCCAAUAUUCUUUCGUACCCAUGAGGCAUAAACCUGGAGAAUUU